GGACGUAAGUGGUUGUGGGUUGUCAUUGCAAUCCCUACUGCACUACUAUUAACGAUGUUUUGCAUAUUCGGUUAUCUACUAAGAAGACGAAUGCUUUCAGGUGGGGACAGAGCACGGAAACAGAACACAUGGCUUUGCUUCUUGAAAUUUGAUAAACUUACCGAUGAACCUGAUCAAGAAAACAUGGGAAAACAUGAUUUAAGCGUGUUUACGUAUGAAUCUGUUCUGGCUGCCACUUCCAACUUCUCGGAGGAAAACAAGCUCGGAGAAGGGGGAUUUGGACCUGUUUAUAAGGGAAAACUGGUGACGGGACGAGAAAUAGCUGUGAAGAGGCUUUCAAAAAGUUCUGGACAAGGAAAUUCGGAGUUUAAGAAUGAAUUGAUACUCAUACAUGAACUCCAACACACAAACCUUGUUCAGCUCUUUGGAUUUUGCAUUCAUGAAGACGAAAGGAUGUUGAUAUACGAAUACAUGCCAAACAAAAGCUUAGACUACUUUAUUUUUGAUUCAAUCAGAGGUAUGCUACUUGAUUGGAAGAAGCGUUUCGGUAUAAUAGAAGGAAUCACUCAAGGAUUGCUUUACUUGCACAGAUACUCGAGAACGAGAGUAAUUCAUAGAGAUUUGAAAGCUAGUAAUAUACUACUCGACGAAAACAUGAACCCUAAAAUUGCAGAUUUUGGCUUGGCAAGGAUAUUUAUCCACACUGAAUUGGAAGCAAAUACUAGUAGGAUUGUCGGGACACUUGGUUAUAUGCCUCCUGAGACCAUUGAAGGAAUAGUUUCUGUAAAAACCGAUGUCUACAGUUUCGGGGUGUUAAUACUGGAAAUCAUAAGCGGCAGGAAAAACAACCGCUUCUGCAAUGAUGAUGGCUUACUCAAUUUAGUAGGAUAUGCCUGGGAGUUAUGGAAAGAAAAUAAAGAGCUAGAACUAAUGGAUCCAACUCUAGGCGACUCCUGUAACGGGAAUCAACUGUUAAGAUGCAUCCAUGUCGGUCUACUGUGCGUGGAUGAAAACGCAGCCGAUCGACCCACCAUGUCGGAUGUGAUAUCGAUGUUGACAAACGAAAGCAUGGAGUUGCCUAAACCAAAAAAGCCGGCAUAUUACGCACAAGGAAAUGUGGACUUCACUGGUAUACGUGAAACGGGAGAGCAAACUGGAUCGAUAAAUGUUUUAUCUAAUUCCGACAUUGUGUCUGCGUCCGGGAAGUUUAAUUUGAGCUUCGUUGUACAAACCAUGGAUUCGAACACCAGCUAUAUAGCGAUCCUACGCAACAACCAACUCCCAAACAAAGCAUGGAUUGGGAACAGAAACUCUCCUAUUCCGUACCCUUCUUCUCCACUUCUCACCUUUGACUUGAGCAACACUUUGAGAAUUACAUACCAAGGUGGAAACCCUAUUGUGAUUUACUCUCCUCCGAAAAAUAUUAGUAGUACUAAUGCUUUUGAGGCUAUCCUUUUGGAUUCUGGCAAUUUUGUGAUACGGGAAGCGAGCUCAGUCAACGGAUCAACCAACGGAGUUUUGUGGCAGAGUUUUGAUUAUCCCACAGACACAUUUUUACCAGGCAUGAAAUUGGGGGUUGACCGCAGAAGUGGCAAGAAUUGGUCACUUUUAUCUUGGGCAACAAGCUUCAACCCUGCACCAGGGCCUUUGACCCUCGAUUGGGACCCAAAUGGGAAACAAUUGAGAAUCAAGCAGGGUGGGGUGGUUUAUUGGACUAGCGGGGUCUUUGAUGGUGGAAAAUUUCCAUUUAUUUUUCCUGAAGUGUCCGAGCAGAGGUACAAUUUUAGCAUCAUUUCGAACGAAUAUGAAGACUACCUCACUUACAGUUCUGUAGGUGACCCAAGUGAUCCAGAGCCGGAAUGGGUGCUAUAUAGCAGGGGGACACUUUUUGAAUAUGGAGCACAAGUUGCGAUCACAAAUGCACAGUACUGUGACGGAUAUAAUGCAGUUGGAGGGUGCGUGAGAAGGGACCGGCCAAGCAAUUGUACGGGAAAAUUUGGUGAUGAAUUUGUGCAAAAGAAUGGAUACUUGAAGAUCAAAGACUCUAGUAAUACUUCAAGAGCCACCAGCUGGCACGUUGUGAGUAGUGUUGAUUGUAAAGUUCUUUGCUGGCAAAAUUGCAGCUGCCUUGGUUUCGACACUCCAGCAGAUAAUCAGUCUAGUGGUCCUGGAUGCCGAUUUUGGAGUGUAGAUUGUGAGUUCGUUGAAAAUCGUACUGGAUCAGGUAAUACAAGUAGUGUUUUUGUUUUGUCAAGCCUAACAACGCUUGCAAAUUCACCACCUGCUAAGAAAAAUGUUAAUUCAGGACGUAAGUGGUUAUGGGUUGUCAUUGCAAUCCCUACUGCACUACUAUUGACGAUGUUUUGCAUAUUCGGUUAUCUACUAAGAAGACGAAUGCUUUCAGGUGGGGACAGAGCAGGGAAGCAGAACACAUGGCUUUUCUUUGAUGAACCUCAUCAAGAAAACAUGGGAAAACAUGAUUUAAGCAUAUUUACGUAUGAAUCUAUUCUGACUGCCACUUCCAACUUCUCGGAGGAAAACAAGCUCGGAGAAGGGGGAUUUGGACCUGUUUAUAAGGGAAAAUUGGAGACGGGACGAGAAAUAGCUGUGAAGAGGCUUUCAAAAAGUUCGGGACAAGGAAAUAUGGGGUUUAAGAAUGAAUUGAUACUCAUACAUGAACUCCAACACACAAACCUUGUUCAGCUCUUUGGAUUUUGCAGUCAUGAAGACGAGAGGAUGUUGAUAUACGAAUACAUGCCAAACAAAAGCUUAGACUACUUUAUUUUUGAUUCAAUCAGAGGUAGGCUACUCGAUUGGAAGAAGCGUUUCGGUAUAAUAGAAGGAAUCACUCAAGGAUUGCUUUACUUGCACAGAUACUCGAGAACGAGAGUAAUUCAUAGAGAUUUGAAAGCUAGUAAUAUACUACUCGACGAAAACAUGAACCCUAAAAUUGCAGAUUUUGGCUUGGCAAGUAUAUUUACCCACACUGAAUUGGAAGCAAAUACUAGUAGGAUUGUCGGGACACUUGGUUAUAUGCCUCCUGAGACCAUUGAAGGAAUAGUUUCUGUAAAAACCGAUGUCUACAGUUUCGGGGUGUUAAUACUGGAAAUCAUAAGCGGCAGGAAAAACAACCGCUUCUGCAAUGAUGAUGGCUUACUCAAUUUAGUAGGAUAUGCCUGGGAGUUAUGGAAAGAAAAUAAAGAGCUAGAACUAAUGGAUCCAACUCUAGGCGACUCCUAUAACGGGAAUCAACUGUUAAGAUGCAUCCAUGUCGGUCUACUGUGCGUGGAUGAAAACGCAGCCGAUCGACCCACCAUGUCGGAUGUGAUAUCGAUGUUGACAAACGAAAGCAUGGAGUUGCCGAAACCAAAAAAGCCGGCAUAUUACGCACAAGGAAAUGUGGACUUUACUGGUAUACGUGAAACGGGAGAGCAAACUGGAUCGAUAAAUGUUUUGUCUCAUUCCGACAUUGGUGGGCGUUGAGAAAUCAAUCAACAAUCCUGUAAUAAAACAUUGUUCCCAUUGAUAAAGUAGAUAUGGUAACGAAAACAAAAAUCAUCGAUUAAGUGGAAUAUUGUAUAAUAUAUUUUGCUGAUUUCUAGUUGAAAUGUUAUGCCCAUAAAUUUGGCUGAUUUUUUU